UAUGGAACCACCCCACUGGUCUGGGCAGCGAGGAAAGGUCACUUGGAGUGUGUGAAGUACUUGCUGCAGAUGGGAGCUGAUGUUGAUCAGGAAGGAGCUAAUUCUAUGACUGCACUUAUUGUGGCAGUGAAGGGAGGCUAUACUGAUUCAGUAAAGGAAAUACUGAAAAGGAACCCAAAUGUAAAUUUAACAGAUAAAGAUGGAAAUACAGCUUUGAUGAUUGCAUCAAAGGAGGGACAUACUGAAAUUGUGCAGGAUCUUCUUGAUGCUGGAACUUACGUGAACAUUCCUGAUAGAGAUAAUAAAACUGCUUUAUACUGGGCAGUUGAGAAAGGAAAUGCUACAAUGGUGAGGGAUAUCUUGCAAUGCAACCCUGAUACUGAAACAUGUACCAAGGACGGAGAAACACCACUUAUAAAGGCAACCAAGAUGAGAAAUAUUGAAAUAGUAGAGCUUCUUCUGGAUAAAGGAGCUAAGGUCUCUGCUGUAGACAAGAAAGGAGAUACUCCACUUCAUAUUGCCAUUCGUGGAAGAAGCCGUAAACUUGCUGAGCUACUCUUAAGGAAUCCGAAAGAUGGUCGGUUGCUUUAUAGACCCAACAAAACAGGAGAAACACCUUACAAUAUUGACUGCAGCCACCAGAAGAGUAUUUUAACACAGAUAUUUGGUGCCA